CUCUCUCUUUCUCUUGUUCUCGCUCACUCCCUCGCUCUUUGCCCACCUCCUCGCAGGAAUGGUGUGGCCCCACCCACCUGUCCAUAAAAGUGUAGUCCAUGCUGCCUGUUGCUGAUCAGAGGUCUCUACCCCAGUGUCUGUGUACCGAGUGCUCUCCUGUCCCAAGUGGAAAAAACAUACAGAGGGUUCCCGCGCCUGCCCCAGACCUGCUGCCUGGGAUCUACUCAUGCCCACAGUCACCCGCCGACAGCAGGACAAGAGAAGUGACGCUGUGCCAAGCACGCCGAAUGCGAGCAUACCACACUCUACUGGGGGCCGCUGGAUCGAUUAGGACAAAGCCACGCUGAGGGACAUGGCAGGGGCUCUGCCCUCGGCUCACCUGCUGUUUGUGGUCUGCCAGCUUUACGUGUUCCACAAUGCCCACGCAGGAGCGUAUUACGGGCAUAAGCAGCUGCCCCAGCAGCACCAGCCCAUGGCACAGAUACCUCAUAUGCCCCUCGGCAAGGAGACAUAUCCCCAGCAGCAAUACUUAGGCAAGGAUAUGCACCAUGUCCCAUAUGGCAAUGAGAUGCCCAUCCUUCCACAGUACAGAGAAGACAUCCCGCAGAUGCCGAUUCCCCUGGGCAAAGGAAAAGGAAAAGGUGAGACUGUUCCUAGAGGUGAGAAGGGAAAUGGAGGUGAUGUUGGACCUGUGGGGCCAGCAGGACCUCCUGGCCCAUCAGGUCCUCCAGGGUUACCAGGUCACGGCAUGCCCGGGGCACCAGGAAAGCCAGGCCCCACUGGUCCACAAGGCUAUCCUGGAAUUGGCAAACCUGGAAUGCCAGGGAUGCCCGGUAAACCUGGGGGGAUGGGACCACCAGGACCAAAGGGAGAGUUGGGUCCAGGUGGUGGAGAGGGACCAAUGGGAUUGCUAGGACCUCCUGGUGUUCCUGGUCCUCCAGGACUACCAGGUAUAGGGAAAGCUGGUGGACAAGGACUUCCUGGCCAGCCAGGGGGUCGUGGAGAACCAGGUCACAAGGGCCACCCAGGAAUUUCUGGACUUCCUGGUCCAAAAGGAGACAAAGGGAUUGGUCUUCCAGGAUUGCCAGGAUUGAAAGGGCAUCCAGGGCCUGCUGGACCACCAGGACCAGCAGGUCUACCAGGCAUAGGAAAACCUGGGUUAAAUGGUCUUCCAGGAGUCCCAGGAGGACCAGGAAAGCCUGGAGGCCCUGGAGAACCAGGACUGGCUGGUCCACCAGGUGAAGGGGGUGAUCAUGGACCACCAGGUUUACAAGGCAUAGGCAAACCUGGCCUAGAUGGAUUGCCUGGAAAACCAGGACUUCCUGGUGGCAAGGGGGCAUCUGGUCCACCUGGCCUCCCUGGAGGACCAGGACUACCUGGAUUUGGAAAACCAGGAUAUCCAGGCCCUAAAGGUGACAAAGGGCAUGGUGGUCUACCUGGUCAACCAGGUCCAAAAGGUGAUAAGGGUCAUGGUGGACCUCCAGGGAUGGUUGGCCCACCUGGACUUAGUGGACCUCCAGGCCUUCCAGGACACAUGGGACCUCCUGGAGGAAUUGGUUUCCCUGGGCCAAAAGGAGAUGGUGGAAUUGUAGGGCCAAAGGGGCCUACGGGUCCAAAAGGUGAUUCAGGGCCUCCUGGCCUUCCAGGAAAGCCAGGAUAUCCAGGAGAAGGAGGCCAACCAGGACCAAGAGGUGUCCCAGGACCACUUGGUCCACAAGGAGAAAAUGGACACAAAGGUUUACCUGGUCUUCCAGGAGUGCCCGGAAAGCCUGGCCACAAAGGUGAAAAUGGAUAUCCAGGUGAUAAAGGUUUUCAAGGACCAACAGGAAUUCCAGGUCUAAUGGGCCCUGGUGGACCACUUGGUCCACCUGGCCUUCCAGGACACAGGGGAGAACAAGGGGCUCCAGGUAAACCAGGUUUCCCUGGUGAAGGAAAAUCAGGAUUGCCAGGACCUGUUGGACCUCCAGGAAAAACAGGACCUGGCGGCCUCCCUGGUCUUCCAGGACAACAAGGUCUUCCGGGCCCACCAGGGCCGCCUGGACCUCCUGCUCAGCCUCCAGAUAUCACGCAAAUUCUUCCUGAAUUGGGUCCAGGUUUGGAUGGUAAGAAACAAGGAUACAAAGGGAAAGAGAAGCCUGGGGCAGACCUUAUCGGUAGGAAUGGACUUGAAAUGCCAGCGUUCACAGCACAGCUUACAAACCCUUUCCCUCCAGUUGGCAGUCCAGUCAUCUUCAACCAAGUCUUGUAUAAUGGCAAUCAGAACUAUAAUCCACAAACAGGUGUCUUCACCUGCAAUGUUCCCGGAAUCUAUUACUUUGCCUAUCACGUUCAUUGUAAAGGAGCCAAUGUUUGGGUUGCACUGUACAGAAACAAUGAACCACUGAUGUACACAUACGAUGAAUACAAAAAGGGCUUCCUGGAUCAAGCAUCAGGAAGCGCAGUGCUGCCCCUACAGGCAGGAGACACAGUAUAUAUUCAGCUACCGUCUGAUCAAGCAGCAGGACUUUAUGCUGGGCAAUAUGUCCAUUCGUCUUUCUCUGGAUAUUUAUUGUACCCCAUGUAAAAAAAAAAAAGAAGUAAUUUCAACAUGUCAUUUCAGAUCCAUGAAAUAAAUGUGUGAAGGAUUAAAAAGUAUUGCCAUGUUAAAAUGCAUUGAAGGAAUGUGCUAGCACAAAAGCAAAAACAACUAUUGCACUGUUGAUAUAAUGGAACACUUGCAAGACAUCAUGUUUUAAACUCCAAAAACAUGGGCUCUGAUUCAUUCAAGAGAAUUUUACAUAGUACGACCUAACUUUUCCAGUGCUUUUGGAAGGCAUUUAAAGCACAUUUUAAUGAAGGAGGGCAACUGUAUUUUGGAAGCAGAGAGCAGUAAGUUGGUUGUGUGGCUGAUUGGGUUGAUAUUGAUUGAUUUGGAGCUAAAGAUGGUAAUGUCAGUGAGAUGGUCAUUUAUGCACACUUACUAAAAGUGUAGAUAUUUUACCCCGUAGUGGAAAACUGUACAGAUAUUGACAACAAAAAACACUGUAUUUCAAAUGACUCCCCCAUUAAGUGCAACAUUUAACACUUGUCUUUUAGUAAAUUUUACAUUUGCUCUUGUCUGUUUGUACCGAGACAUUUCUGUUGAAAUGUUCAAAUUAACUUAACAUAUUUCUACUUACCAGAACAGCUUUUUGGAUACUGUCUGUGUGAUUGUCCAGAUCUACAUAUGGAAAGCCUUCAUUUUAUGGCAGUUUGCAGUGUUGAUGCAUGUAACAUUUAAAUUUCAAAAUCUCAUAGCAUUCAUACAAACAGUAUAGUUAUCCAUGACUUUUAAAAACAUUUUUCUCUUUCACUGUCUAUAAGGAACUCAACCUGAGCAUACAGAUGCUUACUGCAACUAUAGUACAAAGUGGUUUGCAAACUUGCCUCAAGGUUCAUUAUGUGUAACAAUAUGAAAAGUAAUCAAAAAAUGACUACACAUAAAAAAUGAUAUGUGUUUAUAAGACAUUUUGUACUUGGAGCAAUGGUCAAAUGAAAACACCUAAAUGGAAGUGAUAGCCUAUGAACGACUGAAUGGUAUAUGGCCAAUUUAAGACAGAGUUAGAUAUCAAAUGCAUUACUGUCUGUAUUCUUCUUUGUAAUUUAUUUGUUUUACUACUGAAUGCCUACAUUUGUAUAUGUGCUAUGGAGAUGAAGGGAAAUGCAAUGAACAUGAUUUUGUAACAAAGGUGCUGAACAUUUAAUCAAAUACUGAACUCAUUUCAAUGUUUCUACAAACCUACUUUUUUAAUAAAGGUAAAUUACAAUAUUAA